AUGAUCUAAAAGUUGGAUGAAAAAAUUAAAUCAAUAAUAAAGGAGAAAGAAAUUUCUUAAGAAUAAUAGUUUUAGAUUUACCAUAACUUAGAAACUCAAAAUGAAUAAUUGAAAAAGACUCUAUUAGUUAAGGAAAAUGAGAUUUCCACUUAAUUGAAGUUGAAAAAUGAAAUGGAAAGAGAACUAAAAAGUUAGAUAAAUAAUCAUGCUCAACAAUUGAAAAUGUUGGAUGAUAAACUAUUGACAUCCAAAUAAGAUUAUCAAAAAUUGUUGGAUGAAUUUAAAUCUAUGGAUAUGCGAAAGAAUAAAAUAUAGGAGGAAUAUAAAAUAAAUUAGCAAAGGCUUGAUAAAUUAAACUAAGAUAUUUAGUUAUAAAGUUAGGAAUUAAAAAAAACUCUUGAUAAUAAUUAAACUUUAAAUUUAAAAAAUGAUUAAAUGAAUCAACAAUUGUCUUAGUUAAAUAAAGUAUAAUAAUAACUACUGCAAUAAAUAGAAGGAUAGAAGUAAACUGAAACUGCUUUAAGGAUGGAAUGCGACAGAUUAAACAAAAUGAAUUAAGCAACUCAAUAAGAUAUGAAGUAUCAAGUCACAGAAUUAAAAGAAAUGGUUUAAUUACAAGGAAGAAGAACUCAAGAGAAAGAGAAUUAAUUAAAUGAAUUACUUGAAGAGAUGAAGGAUAUGAAGGAUUAAUAUGAGAUAUAAAAGAAGGUGAGUUAAGAAAGCAUUAGUGAUUUGGAGAGAAGACUAAAGAAUUCAAAACUAUAAAAUGAAGAACUGUUACAAAUAAAAGAAUAAGAGAUUAUAGACUUCAAAUUAACCAUGGAAUAAUAAUUGCAAAUGCUGGAUAAAAGAAAUGCAUUAUCAUCCUAUGAUUUUGAUUAAAGGGAACAAUAACUUUAAGUUGAAAUUCAAAGUAAAAAUGAAUAGAUAGAGGGGUUAAAGGUAGAACUAGAAAAGAUCAGAAGCCAGAAUUUUAAUGCCUAAGAAGAACUCUUAAAAAAUGGAAUUUCAUAAAACUAAAAUUAAGCCACAAUAAGUAAUUUGAGAAAUGAAUUAAAUUAAUCAAAAUAAGAAUAAUAGCACUUGAAUGAGAUGUUGAAGAAAAGAAGGGAAGAAACAGAGCAAUUACAUUAAAGUUUAGAGGAAAUGAGAAAAGAAUAAUAAAACAAAAAGUAACAACAGGAGGAUACUCGAAGAUCUAUAUUGAGAUAGUAGGAUCUUUAAAUUACAAAUGAAAAUCUUUAAAGAGAUAAUUUAACUCUUUCUUAGAAAGUCAAUGCGUUGUAAAAUGAUAAUAAUAGGAAACAGAGGGAGUUGAUUGAGAAAAAUGAUGAAUUCUUAAAUAUUAAAAGGAAAUACGAUGAAACAGUAUAAAAUUUAGAAAGAUUGGAGAAGAGAUGGGGCGAAAAGAUUGAUUAACAUAGAAGAACUUGA